AUGAUCUCCAUGCUAUUUCUUCUUUUUACAAAUUUUCGUCGUAAACGCGCAUAUACAGAAUACACAAGGUGGAGAGCUAACGCUGAAAGUACACAAGAGUUCAUUGUAAAAGUGUUAGAAGAUGAUUUGACUACACCUAAAGUAAAUCCAGUCGUUGCUGUCAAUAUCCGGCCACAUACAAAGGCACAAGAUAAAAUUAUUAUAACUGGAGUUUUCGUUCCUACUCCAAGUACAGAAACUAAUAUUGAUGCAUAUAAAAAUUAUCAACGAUUUGUACCGCCUACAACUGUCUCUUUGGCACAAGUAAGUGCGAAUGUAAUCUUUGCCCCUGUGAAGACGAUUGUUCAAACACUACCACCAAUACGACCUAAAGGCAUUGAAAUAAAACAAGACGAACAACAUUCACAGCGCGACGAAAGCCCUCCAGCUAAACCUCAAUUCUUGCCUAGAUCUCAAUCUCUCAUUGCCCGACAGUAUGCCCCGAUUGCACCGGUCUCUUUUACACGUAGUAAUACAUUAGGACCUCUAACACCACGCGCUGUGGAUAAGUUUAUAUUUCCUACAACAACUAUGCGGCCUUCACGAACACACUCUUAUCCCGAUGUGAUAAUUCCGAGAAGAACAUCGAUUUCUAUGGAUUUUUUGCCAUACGAAUAUAAUUUAAUAGUACCACAUAAUCUGGACGUAUCUCAGAGAACUUCAUUAUCGACAGUUAACUUACAUCGGACAACAAUAAAACCGGAUCUGACAGAAAGUUCAUCCGAAAGACUCCAUGAAUUUCAGGAAUUAAGAAAAAGUGAUACCAAAAAUAUCAAUUCCGAUAUAAAAAAGAUCGAUAAGGAAUCGGAUUUAUCUUACAAUGAUUUUUUUUAUAAUGAAAAUGACAAUGAUGAAAGUAGUACAAAAAAAGAGGGAAGCUCAUCUGAAAGUCAUAUAGACUCCAACCAAAAAGAUUCUAUGUUCAUUAAUUACUUGGAAGAUUCUCACAAUGUUACCGAGACAGAUGUGUCGAACUCAAAUUAUGAAGACGAUGAUAAUGACGUUGAAAAUAUAACAGAUAGCAGUACGACAAAAUUUGACUUAGAUUAUACAACCUCAAUACAAUCCUCCAAAAAUAUGACUAGAAUAAAAAAGAAUCUACUCUGUAGUAUUCUCAAAGUUAAACCUUUAAUAUUUAGCUCGCCACAAACACUACAUGAGAUAAACACUCAGUUGAAAAAGUGGUCAGAAAAUAGUCCUAUUGCAAAAAGAUUGGAUAUUACUAAUGGAAAUUUUACAGUUAUGGAAAAUCCAAUUUAUAUGAUGAUGGUAGAUGAUCCAAGUAGAGGUCAAAUAUUUUCAGCCAAGCAAACAGUGAUGAUCGUUGCAGGAAUCCAAGGGAGUGACCACCAUGCAGUUACAGCAGCGAUGUACUUAUUAUAUCAACUAAUAGAACGAAGUGAGGCUCAUUCCGAUUUGCUUACAAAAUACCGAUUCUGGAUUAUCCCCGUUUUUAAUCCUGAUGGAUAUGACUAUUCUAUGACAUUUACACACCGUCGUGAAUGGUCGAAGAAUUUACGUCAGUCAUGGGAUUCUUGUAAAGGACGCGAUUCCUGUCAAGCUUGCGAACACUUUGGUAUACGAUGCAUUAUCCAACCUUGCUAUGGAGUAAAUCUCGAUCGCAAUUUCGAAUAUCAGUGGAUACCUCCCGAAGAGUUACGCGCGGAACACCCUUGCGGCGCGCUCUACUCAGGCCUGCGUCAGCUGAGUGAGACGGAGACGCAUACGCUUACGAGGUUUCUUCACGAAUUACGUACACCACUCUUCACUUUUAUAGCUUUCAAGGAAGGCGAUAUACUUAGGCAACGUGCAUCGCGAGCUGCCUCUGCUGCGUAUAGUAUUAGCGGCCGCUCGUAUGUUGCUGGGCAAACGUCGGAGUUUCUGCCACUUUAUGCAGGCGGUAUAGAAGAUUGGGUAGCUGGGCAUUUAGGGAUAGAAAACACCUAUACCAUCAUGAUGUUUCGUCCGACCGAUGUCCAGAAUUCCAAAAUAGUCACUGAGCGCGUGGUUCACGAGGCUUACGCGGCUGUGGAUACUUUACUCCUUCAAAGCUUAGAGCCACAACGCGAGCAACAGUUUGAAGUUAAGUGCAGAAUUGAGAAGAAAUAUGAAGAAGUGAAAGCUGAACAG